AUAUCUCAUUCCAAUCUCCGAUCCUUCGAAACCCAUUUCCAUGGCGUACCGUACGCUCGAGCUAACCCUUAUUUCUGCCAAGGAUCUCAGAGACGUCAACGUUUUCUCCAAGAUGGAUGUUUACGCGGUCGCCACCAUCGCCGGUGACCACCGCACCCAGCAGCGAACCCCGGUUGACCGUGAUGGCGGGAAGAAUCCUUCGUGGAAUUCGACUCUCAGGUUCUCUGUCCCCGCGGAUCCUGCCGUUGCUAACCGCCUUGUCAUCCAUGUCCUUCUCCGAGCCCAGCGAGCCCUUGGAGAUCGCGAUGUCGGCGAGGUGCAUAUCCCGCUGAAAGAGCUUCUUGACGGGAUUAAGGAAGGAUCCAAGUUCGUCAGCUACCAGGUACGCAAGCCCGGAUCCGGUAAGGCAAAGGGCGUCCUCAAUCUCUCCUAUAAAUUCGUUGAUAUCCCCGCAUCCAGCGGGCUACCGCCGCCGCCGCCGGUUUCAGCUGCAAAGCCUGCCGAGCCGGUUACAGUCUAUCCGCCUCCAGCAUCGCAGAAACCCCCAAAGGAAAACGAGCCAGUGAUGGCCUAUCCCGCUGCCGGCGCCAGCGGAUCGGCUUAUCCGCCUUCCUACCCGCCGGCGGGUGGAUACCCUCCGUAUCAACCGCAAGGAAAUUAUGCUGCGUACCCGCCGCCUCCGCAAGGCGGCUACGGUUAUGGUGCACCACCACAGGCUGGAUAUGGUUACGGUGCUCCGCCGCCUCAAGGUUAUGGUUACGGUGCGCCGCCGGCUGGGUACGGUUACGGGGCGGUUCCGCCUAGGAAAAACAAGAAUAACUUGGGGUUAGGGCUGGGCGCUGGAUUGCUCGGCGGCGCGCUCGGAGGGAUGCUGAUAGGCGAUAUGAUUUCAGACGAUGGGGCUUAUGACGCAGGCUACGACGCAGGAUUCGAUGAUGGUGGGUUUGGAUUUUAGAAACUGGUUUGAUGAGCAAAAAUAACAGAGACAAUUAUAUAUGUUUAUAAUUUUUUUUAAUGUUUUUGGACUUUCGUUCAUGUAUAUUUUCUUUUUAUCUUUGGAUUGACGACAAAAAUCUUGCUGUAAAUUACUAGACAUGCAUGUUUUCUGGUUCUAUAUUCCAUGAUUUUUCACUUUCUUAAAUUCA